AUCCUAGUAGCUUAUUACCGACUACGUGGAUCUAUUAGUCUUAAUUCUUAGAUGUUCCUAACCCUACUACUACUACCUAUUCUAGGUAGCUUUACUGCUGGUUUCCUAGGUCGUAAAAUCGGUGUAACUGGUACACAACUAAUCACAUGUACCUGCCUUAUUACAUCAGCCCUACUGGCACUAACUGCCUUCUAUGAGGUAGGAAUAUGUAACAACCCUAUUACUAUUAACCUUAUUAGCUGAAUUGACUCUGAGCUUAUAGAUGUAUCAUGGGCCUUUAUGUUUGAUAGCCUUACCGUUAGUAUGCUUCUACCUGUACUAGUUGUUAGCUCUCUAGUACAUAUCUUUAGUAUUGACUAUAUGAGCAGCGACCCCCAUAUUCAACGGUUCUUUAGCUACCUAAGUAUGUUCACCUUCUUUAUGCUAGUACUAGUAACAGGUGAUAACUAUCUUAUUAUGUUUGUCGGUACCAUUCCUCCUCAGCCGACACUAUUAAAUGUCACUAUAUGCUAAGACACCUAUGGUUGAAGUACCCAGUGUUAAAACCUUCAAUCCUUUAACUAGGCUAUUAUGCAGGUAUACUUAAUUAUAAGCACCUCAGAGACUACACGUGACACACUCAGUUAAGUGAAGAAAGAGUCCAUUAAACCCCUCAGGUACGCUUUGUUAUAACGUGAGAAGGAAUCGGUAUCUCAUCAUUCCUACUUAUUAACUUCUGGUUUACUCGUAUCCAGGCUAACAAGAGUGCUAUUAAAGCCCUAGUAGUUAACCGUGUUGGUGAUAUGUUCCUAUCUAUUGGUUUCUUCGCUAUCUUCUUUGUCUAUGGUAAUCUUGACUAUAGUACAGUAUUUAGCCUAUCACCUAGUAUUAACGAAGACUCUAUUACUAUUAUUGGUCUACUACUACUAUUUGCAGCUAUGGGUAAAAGUGCCCAACUAGGACUACAUACAUGGCUACCUGAUGCUAUAGAAGGCCCAACACCUGUUAGUGCUCUAAUUCAUGCUGCUACACUAGUUACUGCUGGUGUAUACCUUGUACUACGAUCAUCACCUCUAAUUGAAUAUGGUACGACGACCCUUAUUGUUAUUACCUGGGUAGGUGCCCUUACAAGUUUCUUUGCAGCCAGUACGGGACUACUACAGAACGAUCUUAAACGUGUUAUUGCCUACAGUACUUGUUCACAAAUAGGUUACCUAUUCAUGGCCUGUGGCCUAUCACAAUAUGAGAGUGCUAUCUUCCACCUAGUUAACCAUGCUUUCUUUAAAGCUCUACUAUUCCUUGCAGCUGGUGCUGUACUACAUGCUGUAUAUGAUCAACAAGAUAUACGACGACUAGGAGGUCUACUAGGUUUCAUACCUUUUACAUACACUGCUAUUCUUAUUGGUAGCCUUAGUCUUAUAGCUGUACCAUACCUUACUGGUUUCUAUAGUAAAGACCUUAUUCUAGAGCUUGCCUUUGCUCAGUACGAGUUUAAGAGUACCGCUGCUUACUGGCUUGGUACCAUUAGUGCUAGUCUUACAGCCUUCUAUAGUAUACGACUAAUUAGUAUAACGUUCCUUACCUAUGCUAAUGCUAAUAAAAUAGUAUAUAAUAGUGCUCAUGACCCAGCUGUUAUUGUUAUAAUCCCUCUAGUUAUUCUAAGCUUUAUAAGUAUUGCCUUUGGGUACCUUGCUAGUGACCUAUACGUUGGUAUUGCUAGUGAUUUCCUAAGUACUAGUCUAUUUACACACCCUAGCCAUGUUACUAUAGUUGAAGCUCAUUUUGGACUACCCCUAAUAUUCAAACUACUACCUAUGAUUGUUACUAUUAUUGCGUCUGUACUUGCUAUCUAUCUAUAUCAUAUUGUACCUACUUACCUAGUUGGUCUAACCAAUACUAAAAUAGGUUAUAAUCUAUACAAGUUCUUUAAUGGUAAGUAUCUAGUUGAUGUUAUCUAUAACCACUAUAUCAUUUAUGCGGGUCUUAAAGCAGGUAACCUUAUUAGUCUUAAACUAGACCUUGGUCUUAUUGAACUACUGGGCCCUCAUGGACUAAGUACAUCACUACAGUCAAGUAGUAAGACAGUCAGCCUUAUUGAUACUGGUAGUGUACAAAACUAUGCUCUAUAUAUUAUAGUAGCUAGUGUAUCUAUCAUUUUUGUUGUAUUUACUCAAGUACUAUUUAGUUACUCUAUUGUUCUAAGCCUAGUACUAAUGGUAACAGUGGUUAGUAUGCUUCUAACUAUAUAAUCCUCCCCUUUGCUAUAGUAUAUGGUAUUCUUUAAUAAGGGUAACGAACGAACCCUAUUGAACUAUAAGUAAACUGGGACCUUUUCUAUUCUUAUACUAGUUGUUAUACCUAUGCUAACCCUUACUAUAAUUCUUCCUAGUCUAGGUGCUCUAGGUCUUAUAACUUAUCAAGGUUCUAACUACUAUACGGUACUACGUAUGAAGCGAUUUGCUCUUACUGUAUCUAUUAUUACAUUCA